AUGUUUGGGGCAUUGAAUCGGUUUAUUGGUCGCCUAGACUCCGAUCCCGGUUCCCAGCAAUCAAGGUCCGAUAGUGCCUUUGGUUUUCAGGUCCUCCGCAAUAAGGACCCCGAGGUACCGCUAGAGCCGUGGUUUGAUUUCAUUGUUGGGAUAAAUGGGCGUUUGAUCGAUGAUCCCGACCCAAACCUCUUCGCAACUGAGGUCCGCAAUUGCGCCGGAUCUCGAGUCACGUUUGCGGUCUGGAGCGCAAAGGGCCAACGAACGCACACUAUCUCAAUCGCCGUCCCCCCAUCCGACCCAACUCUCGGACUCGCCCUUCAACUAGCCCCGCUCUCCUCUACGCAAAACAUCUGGCAUGUCCUGAAUAUCCCAUCGCCCCUGAGCCCAGCCUACAGAGCAGGCCUGCUCCCACAUUCUGAUUACAUCAUUGGCACACCCAGCGGGACAUUACGAGGGGAAUCGGCGUUGGGAGAACUAGUCGAAGAUCACCUCAACCGCACUCUAGUAUUAUGGGUCUAUAACAGCGAGUUUGACGUCGUGCGGACAGUUGAUCUGGUGCCAACACGAGGCUGGGGUGGUGAGGGUGCGCUGGGGGCAGAGCUGGGCUUUGGAGCCCUACACCGACUGCCGGUGGGAUUGGGUGAGGAGGUUGAGGGGCCUGGCGAGGUGGUGUUUGAGACGCGCGCGGAUGGGUUUUCAACGCCUGUCUCUAAACCGUCGGCUUCAUCUCUUCCGCCGGGGGCUGGAGUGCAGCCGCCACAAUUCCUUGUCCCCGCGAAUAUGAGCUCGCCUCCGCCGUGGGCACCAGCAGCUUCCGCGCCCCAGGUGUCGCACCAUGGGAAGAAGCGGGGAAACACGAGGGCGUCGCCUCAGAAAUCAUUUGAUGAUUACUUUGCGGAGGGCGAGCAAAAGAGCAAGGAGCAAGAUCAUGUACCAUCACGGAGAGGAACACCGCUGCCUCCGCCGCCCAAGGUUGGGCAACCACAGGAGCAGAUGCCUACGGAAUAG